AUGGAAAACAACAGGAACACCGGAAACGCCGGAGCCCCACCGCAAGAAAUGCCGACGUGGUUCGUUCGUUGGUUAAACUCCCAACAACCAAGGAAUGCGCCAAACUUCGCGGCGCCAUCGACGUCGACAGCGGUUCAAAGACCGCUAGCCGUCCUUCAGCGACGGGACGACUUCGCCAGAACCCGACCCGGAAAUUCCGGUAGCUCCGGAACCAGCCCCUCUUGCGAGCCCUUUUGUGCAAGAGCCGGGAAGUUCGACCACAUCAGCGACUUCGGGAGCAGUGAUGGCCUCACCACCUAUGCCAAUCACAACAGACAAUGUGACCGCGUAUUAGAGAAAAUCUGUACCACCACGGAUGCUGCCGAAUUCCUGGCAACUCAAGAAAUUCCAGGGCAAAAUCCGGGAGAGAAAACCAACAUCGCUCCCAGGGAACGACCCCGCGCAACAGACCACCAGUUGCGUAACGAGCCAAAGCGCCCGCGGCCAAACAUUGACCGCCACGAAGUAACUCGUCCUGCGGCUCCUGCAAAUCGUGGAAAUGGUUUCCAAAAACGCUCAAGUGACAACCAACAAUGGCGCAACAACCAACCCAGCACCAGCAACAACCGUUGGCACAACAACAACGGAAACAACAGCAACAAUCACUGGCGCAAAAACAACCCCAACGACAACAACAACAACACAAGUUCGAGAGCGCAGGGUGAAACAUCAUGA